AUGAGGCGCUCAAAAAUACAAAAUGGCAAGACUGUCCACACAGUUCCCAAGACAAACAUGACUUCCGACCCCACCUUGCAGCGACUGCUACACAUUGACUCGGCUCGUGACGCCCACGCCGCACAGGCGAUACUCGACGCAACGCACGCAACCAGCCCUUCCAACGCGCCUCUCAAGAGACAGAGGUCGUCUCGGUCAGCUACCGUCAUGGGCCAGAGUAAGAGCAGCAUGGCGGCGGAUGUUGAUGCAUACCUGCAAGCCCGCAACCAACUGUGCGAGGCGGAAGCAUCCAUUGCCUUUGAGCACCGCUGUCGCAUGCGUGCCACGCCUCUGGAGCAAGCCGUCGAUGGCAUCCUUCAUAGACUGCGAUGCCUCGACCAGGAACGAGUGUAUGGUGCCGCCGAGGCGAGACUAGGCCACCGCGGGCAGAGACACCCGCGCUUUGCAGGUGACCACUUUCUGGGCAACGUCGACCUCAUUAAUCAGACGCGGCUCUUUGACGUGGCAAGCCGUAUGCCAAAAGGUGCCCAUUUGCACAUUCACUUCAACGCGUGCCUGCCGCCGGCCGUGCUGCUGGGCAUCGCCAAGGGCAUGGAGCGCAUGUUUAUCACGAGCAGCCUGCCGCUGGUGGCGGACAAUGAUCACGAAAACUAUGCAAAGUGCGAGAUUCAGUUUACGCUACUAAGCGCGGACAAGGAGGACGAUGCGCCCGGCAGCUUGUUUAGUGCACAGUAUCGACCGCGGCAGACGAUGAAGCUGGCGGCAUUUCUGCAGCAGUUUCCAGAGCAGUACCCCGGUGUGAACGCAGAAGAGUGGCUUUUAGCCAAGCUUGUAUUCUCAGAGGACGAAGCUCACGGAGCGUUACAAACAGCAGCCGGGGCAUGGGAAAAGUUCAAUGGCCGCACGAGAAUGAUGAAGGGCCUCUUCAACUAUGAGACGGCCUACAGAAAGUAUACACGGCUCUGUCUCGAGGAUUUCGUGCGCGACAACAUACAAUAUGCCGAGAUACGGCCCAACUUUAUGACGAGCAACCAGCUCUACCACGACGACGGAACCGGGCCCAUUGACAACACGGGCAUCAUGAAUAUCAUAAUAGACGAAGUCACCAAGUUCCAGCACGAACUGGUGGCGCAGCGACGAUACUUUGGCGGCAUCAAGGUCAUCUACUGCACGCCUCGCUCCCUGGACCCUGCGGGCGUCAAAGCCGCUCUAGACGAGUGUCUUGCAUUCAAGCAGCGGUGGCCGGCGUGGAUAGCCGGCUUUGAUCUCGUGGGCGAAGAGUCGCAGGGACGACCCCUGCGCGAUUUCGUCCCAGAGUUUCUCGCUUUCCAGGAGCGGUGCCGCCAGGAAAACGUCGAGAUCCCGUUCCUCUUCCACUGCGGCGAGACACUCGACAUGGGCUCGGCCACCGACGGCAACCUGCUCGACGCCCUGCUCCUCCACUCGAAGCGCAUCGGCCACGGCUUCGCCCUCCCCAAGCACCCGCUCGUGAUGCAGCGCAUGCGCGCGCAGGGCGUGUGCGUGGAGCUGUGCCCCAUCUCGAAUGAGAUUCUGGGCCUGACGCCGCGCGUCAAUGGGCAUGCCAUGUACUCGCUGCUGGCGAAUAAUGUGCAUUGCACCGUGAGCUCGGACAAUGGCGCCCUGUUCAAAUCAUCGCUAUCUCAUGACUUUUACCAAGUACUCAUCGGCAAGGCCGACAUGGGCCUCUACGGCUGGAAGCAGCUGGUGCUCUGGAGCAUAGAACACGCCUGCCUCGACGACGACGAGCGCAGCACGGUCCUGCAGCAGUGGGACCGCAUGUGGGAGGACUUCCUGCAGUGGGUUGUCGAAAAGUACGGCGCAGAGUAG